GAUUUCAGUUAGAGUAUGAAUUAUUUUUAACUGGCUUGUUAUUACUGGGUAAGAGAACUUCCUGUUGCUGCAAGCUUUUCCCAACAUUUAACUGGAGUGCCAGUAAAACGUGUUUGGUGUGCUGGUGCAAAUUUCUGAGUUAAUUUUACAUUCAAAUAUUUCUGAGGUUACUUAGCUUGUGUUUUCCAGUGGCAAAUUUGCCCCUUGCGAAUGUUCUUCUUUUCUUUGCAGGGAUUGCUAUGGUUCAUCAAGUGCUUACAUGGUUGAAAUGUUCAACAAGGCGCUCAAAAAGAGCCGACGAGCCGUGAUGAUGAAUGGGGACAUUGCUGAUGUCAACAAUGCUGAUGGAGCUGAAACUGUGAAUGGUGCUGUGCCUAUUUUGGUUGACAAUGCUGAGGUGGAUGAGUAUGUAGAUAUUAAUGAUGAGAUGCCAACCGCAACUUACCAAUCAGUGGAGAUCAAGAAGGGCACUGAGGCCACGAGUGUCUCUGGUGGUUCGGGAAGUGGUUCUUCAUCAUCCAGUGGUUCAGGGUCAGGGAGCUCAGGGGACAGCACCUCAGAAGCUGCCAAUGCUCGUCCUCUGGUGUAGAGGGGAGGUUGUUCUAACAGUAGGAUUUGACUAGGUGGAGGAUGUGAGUACUUAUUUCUGGGAUGUGCAUGUCAGCUUGGAUUUUAGUUAAUUUAGUUCCUAGUGGAUAGCUGGCUUUGUGGGUAAUCUGAUAGCUCAGCCCGACUAUGUCUAUAUAAGUGAAAAAGUGGAGGGUACCGAGGCAUGUGGUAGCUCAUCACUUCAUCUGGCCUUCUGAUCUGAAGGUGGCUUUUGUACUGAUGUGUUUUCUCUAGCACAUCCAUUGUGUAUGAAAUUCUAUAUAUGCUUAUGGGCAACGUAA